UCGAUUCAAGCUCCUGGUUGGUUGGCUUUGGCUACCAUUGACCGACCAAUGGAGGCGGCUCGCCGGAGACAUGCUCGAGCCGCGGGCCCUGCCUUCACUUUGGCCAUCAUUGUGAUCUUCGCCUUCUCCUGUGCGGAAUCCAAAGCGGCACGGACGUCAGCCCCUGCGUCUGGGUCGGCGCCGGCGUUUGCGGUAGCUUCCCAGGAUCAGUUCAGCUACGAGGAGAAAUCCUCAAAUGGCCCUGACAAAUGGGCCAAGGUGAAUAAGGAGUGGGCUACCUGUGGCGACGGCAAGAAGCAGUCCCCGAUCGACAUCUCCAAGGUGAAGACCAAGAAGGACAUGGCCCCCCUAGAGCCGACCUACAAGGCCAGCACUUGCACCUUGCAAAACCGCGGGCACGAUUUCAUCCUGCAAUGGAAAGGUGGGAAUGGCAAGUUGACGAUCGGGAAGAAGGAUUACGCGCUCCAGCAGGUGCACUGGCACGUGCCCUCGGAGCACACCGUGAACGGCACCAGGUUCGACGUGGAGUUGCACAUGGUUCACCAGGACUCGAGCAAGGCCCGCGCCGUCAUCUCCGUGCUCUACUCGACCAAAGAGUCCGGCGACCCCAGCAAGACGCUGAGCGAUCUGGCGCCGUAUUUCGAGAAGCUUGCCGGCAAGCGCAACGAGGACGCGGAGGUGAAGGAGCCCGUCGACCCGUCCGUCUGGGUCGACAAGGGCUCGGGCUACUACAGAUACAAGGGCUCCCUCACCACCCCGCCUUGCACCGAGGGGGUUCUUUGGAACAUCCUCAGCAAGGUACAACACGUAUCCAAGGAGCAGAUCAAGAUGCUGCAGUCAGUGAGCGAGAAACCGGAAAAUAAUGACCGGCCGGUUCAGAAAAUCAACGACCGAGUUGUUAGCUACUUUGAAGGUGAUGAAGAAACUAAAGAUGAGCCAGCAAAGCUUAGUAGGGGUAUGCUGUCCAGGAAGUGAAGCUGUGCCUCCAUUUGCCCUCGCAGUCAGCUCGGAGAUUUGAGCCGAGAGUAACUAUAAACAGUUAAGCACAUACAAAAUGCUCGCAAAACGAAAAAUCAGAAUAACUUCUUUUAUGCUACAAAUUCAGUUACCUGGUGUGAACUAAUACGCCUACAAGGCAAUGGUCAGUUCUUUUUUUGCUGUAAAAUCUGCAUCAUAUAUAGAGGGCGUUUGUUUCCAGGGACUUAUUGGUUUAAGAACUUUAAAAAGUC